UCCGCGAAUCAACUUGGAAGGAGACCCCCUGCAUUGGUUGAUGGGGGUAAGCAAAUUACAACGAUGAAACUCACUACUGUCUGCACCACUAUGAUCUUUUACUUCGCUUUAUCGCAAGCUACUCCUGUUGAUAAAGGAGCAGAGGUGGAGAAGAGGGCCUGUUGCGAUAGGUUGAACUUUACUAUCUGUUACAUGGGGUGCGGGUUUGGAUGCAACGUUCCCGGAUGCCCUACCUGUAAGUCAUAG